AUGUUAAUGUCCUGCUGGGGAUUACGAUCCAAGAAAUGGAAUAAGAAGAAGAAGAAGGAGAAGGAAAAGGAAAAGAAGAGGAAGAAACAGGAGGAAAAGGAGCAACAGCUGCCACAACAAGAAAUGUCUCCCUCUGCUGGUGCAAAUGUUUUUGACAAGUACAAUGGAAGCUCAUCCGAAGAAGAAGAGGAGUCAGACGAGGAAGUGGUGGUGGCUCCACGUCGUACAAAUCAGUUCCGUGUAGCCACCAAUCCAUCGCCGGCAGAGGCGAUGCCUGCCGUUUUGACCGACAUCCGCAAAAUCGCCGAAAGCCAACAAGCUAAUGAGACUAUUGUCACCGAGGUUGUACGUCCUCAAAAAACCGACGAAGAGAAGCGAGCGCUUGAAGAACGUGAGAAGAUGUUGGAAGCUCAAAAACUGGCAAGAGAUCAGCAAGCGGCCGCUAUUCAAGCAGCCGCUGCAAAAGCAGCUCAGGCGCCGGCGUCUCCACCAGCAGCGCAGGCGCCUCCUCCGGCCCAAGCGCCGCCACAGGCACCCCAGCAGGAUCAAAACGAUGCGCAGGCAGAAGAAUUUGCGAAGCAUAUGGAAGAGGAAAUGCGGAAGAAGGCUGAAGCGGCUCGAAAAGCAGCAGAAGAACAACUUGCACAAGCAAAGGCGGCACAAGAAGCGGCGAUAAAGAGAGCACAGGAGCAAGCGAAGAAAGCACAAGAGGAAGCGCUGCAGAAGGCUCGCGAGGCUGCCGCUCAAGCGCAGGCGGAAGCCAAAGCGAGAGCGGACGGUGACGCUAAAGCCGCACAGGAAAGGCAACAAGCUGAAGCGAAAGCUAAGCAGGAGGCGGAAGCUCGUGCUAAGGCUCAGGCUGAGGCUCAGGCUAAGGCUGCAGCGGCAGCAAAGGCGCAGGCUGAGGCACAAGCGAAAGCGAAGGCGGAAGCCGAAGCAAAAGCUAAGAAAGCGCAACAAGAAGCGCUGGAAAAGGCUAAAAAAGCCGAAGCCGAGGCGAGAGCCAAAGCUCAACAACAACAACAACAACAACAACAACAAAAGCCGCAACAACAACAACCACAAAAGCCACAACAACAACAGCCACAGCAGCAACAAAAAGCGCCACCAACACCCGCGAAACCGAUGGGUAAACAGCCUGCGCCAGCUCCGGCAGUUCCACCAAAAACCACGGCGCCGCCGCCGGCAGGCAGACAGCCGGCACCGCAGCCAGCAGGCCGACAACCGGCGCCACAGGCGUCAGGAAAGGCAGCGCCGCCGCAACCGCCAGCUAAGCCGGCUCCUCUGCAGCCACCAUCUCGAAUUAAGACAAAGGGCGAUCCAGUGCCUUUGCAAGAGAUCGACAAUCAGCCGGUGAGAUUGCCGCAACGUACUCCUGGAAAAGUCCAUAACCCUAUGCCUGAACCAAAAGAAUGGGAAACCAGGCAGCAGGAACCAUUGUCGAAGAGCACAACACUCAGGCAGACAGCCAAGAUGCAAGAAGAAGCGCUUGCACACGAACAAACGCGGCUCAUCGACAGGGUACACGCACAAAAGCCGGGCAUUCGACAGGAGAACGUGCGAGAGAGAUUUAUCGAAAAAGAACAACCUCCUCCUGAAUUACAGAGUGUGCGUCGUGGCGGCGUGUUAGCGGGGGCGUCACGUUGGGAGGAGGAGUCGGCAGCACGAGAGAACGCAAACGCGAUGGGCAUCGACGGACCUGCACCGACGGGCGUACGGCUACAGGAUGACGCUUGUUGGCAAACACAACAUCGUAUCCCAGCCGAGGUUCAACCGCCGCAAAUCGGGAAAAUCUCCAUUCCAGAGUUUGCGGAUGUGCACGAAGUUCAUCGUACCGUAAUCGUAAACAAACCUCAAUCCUAUCAGAAGGUGAAAUGGAACGAAUUCCCCGAGGAGGUGACGCCGGAAAUUGGUGCCGCUCCAAAAGUUGCCACACAGGAGUGGGUACCUGUGAAUCAGGACAAUAUCGAGCUUCAACGUAGUCUAUAUCGUCCAGGAAAAAUUGCAGCUGUAUGGCCACCUCCACAAGAAGAGAUUGUCAAGGAAGCUCAGCCAGUUCGCGCUGUCAAGGCUGGUGACGAUCAAGGAUGGAUCCAACAGGACCCGAACGAUGUGAUACGAUCCGCGGCAUGGCAACGAAAUGCUAAAAUCGAUCGAGUAUGGCCACCACCAGAGGGUGAACACGCACUUUCUGGCUAUCAAGGACCUAAGCAAAUGCCGGUCGUACAAUGGCCACCAGUCGAAAGCGAACAACACGAACGUGAACAGGUUGAAGUGCUACAAAAGCAUAUCCCAGCGAAGAAGAUGGAAUAUCAAUGGCCACCACCACCUCCAGUUUAUCAAGUUGUUGAAAACGGUGAUCCAGCAGUAGCAGGUGGUCCACCACCACAAUCCACCACCACCACCACCACUACCACCGUUACAAAAACAAAAUCGAUGCCACAGCCGGUUCAACGUCAACAGCAACAGACAACAAUGCGUACAGUGAGGGCUUGA